AUGAUUUUCUUACGACUAUUAUUAAUUAUUUAUCUAACGGAUGCUACAUUUCUUUUUUUCGAACGUGAUUCAUAUGAAUUUUAUACAUCAGAAGCAGCACCUAUAAAUACAAAAAUAGGUGUUAUUCAAGCUACAUCAUCGUCAGCGUUAACAAUUGAAUAUGAACUUCAUGGUGAUACAUAUAAAAUAUUUCAUCUUAAUUCUUCAACCGGCGAAUUAAGUUUAUUAAAUAUACUUGACUAUGAAACAAUAACAAUGCAUAAAUUAACUAUUGAAGCACGUUCAUCAUCAACAAUAGCACCUUGUUAUAGUGAAAUAAUUGUUCAUGUUGUAAAUAUCAAUGAUAAUUUACCUGAAAUAAAUUUAAUAUUUUAUCCAUCAGUUUUAUUUGAAUUAAAUUUAAUUAAAUAUGAUCUAAAUACAUAUUCAACACCAUUAGCAACAAUAAAUAUAAAAGAUGUUGAUGAAUCAACGCAAAACUUAACUCUACUUCUAAAUGAUACUGAACAUUUUCAAAUACAAUUUGUACGUCAAAUAAAACACGGUCUAGUAACUGAAUCGAUCUAUAUAUUAUCAACAAAAAAUAAUGCACAAUUAAUCGACCAAGAAUAUUAUUAUUUGUCAUUGAAUUCAUGUGAUAAUGAUCAACCUUCAUUGUGGACAAAUCGCUCCUAUGAAUUUCAUAUGGAACCUAAUGGAAAUCUAUGCCAAUUUUCAUUUGCUAAAGAUAAUUUUAUCUUAGAUAUUAAAGAACAUCUACCUAAUCGAACAUUAAUUUUACAACAAUUAACAAAUAAAUUUUGCCAAAAUGUAUCCUAUAUAAUAGAUGAUACAAAGAAUUUCUAUAUUAACGCAACAACAGGACAUUUAUAUACAGCGACAAGUAUCAAUCGAGAAAGACAAAGCAUUUAUAAAUUAAAUCUUAAAGUAAUCAAUCAAUAUAAGAAAAUUCUACAAACAAAUAUAACUAUACGAAUAUUCAACGAAUAUGGUCAUAUACCAUUUUUAAUAAGAAAAAGAUUAGAAAUUAAUCAAUAUGAAUUUUCUUCAUUGGAUUUAUUUAAUUCAACCUAUUGUCGUUAUCAACCAAUAAUUUAUAAUUAUUUUCAACUUUUAACUAAUUGUACACUUUUAAAAUUAUCAACACCUGUCAAAGGAAAAUAUUUAUUUCACGUACAACUUAAUGAAAAAAAUUCCUAUGAAGAUACAUUUCUACUUGAAAUAACAUCAGAUACAAAUGAUACAUUUCUAUUAUUAUUCAUACGAUCGCAAUGGAUGAUUAUCAUACCUAUUUUCUUAGGCGUUUUUUUAAUUCUUUUCGCAAUGAUGUGUGCUAUGGUCAUCGUUAGAAAACGAAAAUAUAAUAAACUUCGUCAUAAUAAACAAAAACCAGCAUCUUUAUCCGGUAGUGAAGAAAGUAUACAUGAUAAAUAUGAUGCAAUUUCAACUAUAUCUAAAUUAAAAGUACAUGAUGAUCACGAAUUAUCAUUGUCACCAGGACAUACAACGAUAUUUUUCGUACAAAAAUCAUCGUCGUCAAGUCUAACACGUGAUGAUGAAGGUUAUUCGGGCAGUUCGGAUGUAUCUGAAAAUCAUCUACCAGUCGAAUCAACAAUUCUUGCGCCUAAUCAAUUACUCGAACAGUAUCGUAUAUAUGAGUUUCGAACACGACAAUCAAUGUCAUCAUCACCAUAUGACGCACCUAACCGAAUGAAUACAUCUUGUAUAUCACCGAAUGUGUCGCUUGUAUAA